AUGUGUGUGUCUGCGGCCUGCUUGGUACAGUGGGAAGAAGUCAGUGGCUACGAUGAAAACCUGAACACCAUUCGCACCUACCAGGUGUGCAACGUCUUUGAGCCCAACCAGAACAACUGGCUGCUCACCACCUUCAUCAACCGGCGGGGGGCUCAUCGCAUCUACACAGAGAUGCGCUUCACUGUGAGAGACUGCAGCAGCCUCCCCAACGUCCCAGGUUCCUGCAAGGAGACCUUCAACUUGUACUACUAUGAGACGGACUCAGUUAUUGCCACCAAGAAGUCAGCCUUCUGGUCCGAGGCCCCCUACCUCAAAGUAGACACCAUUGCUGCAGAUGAGAGCUUCUCCCAGGUGGACUUUGGGGGAAGGUUGAUGAAGGUCAACACAGAAGUCAGGAGCUUUGGCCCUCUUACUCGGAAUGGUUUUUACCUCGCUUUCCAGGAUUAUGGAGCCUGUAUGUCUCUCCUUUCUGUUCGCGUCUUCUUCAAGAAGUGUCCCAGCAUUGUGCAAAAUUUUGCCGUGUUUCCAGAGACCAUGACUGGGGCAGAGAGCACGUCUCUGGUGAUUGCUCGGGGGACAUGCAUCCCCAAUGCAGAGGAAGUGGACGUGCCCAUCAAACUCUACUGCAAUGGGGAUGGAGAGUGGAUGGUGCCCAUUGGGCGCUGCACCUGCAAGCCUGGCUAUGAGCCUGAGAACAGUGUGGCCUGCAAGGGUAAGUCCUAG